UCUGUUCUCAAAAGGAAGCUCUGUUCUGCUGCUAGCAAUGCAUCCUAAGACACGGCUGUGCUGGUGUUGCCCUGCUUUCUGUGUGUGGGCAUUCGUGUUCACAUCCUUGAUUAAAGAUACCACAGCCUGCGAAUCAGAGGAACGGUUAUUUCACAAACUCUUCUCCCAGUACAACCAGUUCAUUAGGCCGGUAGAAAAUGUGUCUGAUCCUGUCACGGUGUAUUUUGAAUUGGCCAUCACCCAGCUUACAAAUGUGGAUGAAGUCAAUCAGAUUAUGGAAACAAAUUUGUGGCUAAGACAUAUUUGGAAUGACUACAAACUGCGAUGGGAUCCCAGACAAUAUGAUGGCAUUGAAUUUGUUCGGGUACCAGCAGAUAAAAUUUGGAAACCAGAUAUUGUCUUGUAUAAUAAUGCUGUGGGAGAUUUUCAAGUUGAAGGCAAGACCAAAGCCCUCCUUCGCUAUGAUGGAAUGAUCACCUGGACCCCACCAGCUAUUUUUAAAAGCUCCUGUCCUAUGGAUAUUACUUUUUUCCCAUUUGAUCAUCAGAACUGUUCACUGAAAUUUGGCUCGUGGACCUAUGACAAAGCCAAAAUUGAUCUUCUGAUCAUUGGAUCCAAAGUAGAUAUGAAUGACUUUUGGGAAAAUAGUGAAUGGGAAAUAGUUGAUGCUUCUGGCUACAAACAUGAUAUCAAAUAUAACUGCUGUGAAGAGAUCUACACAGACAUAACAUAUUCUUUUUAUAUUCGAAGGUUGCCAAUGUUCUACACCAUAAAUCUGAUCAUUCCCUGUCUUUUCAUCUCAUUCUUGACUGUGUUAGUUUUUUACCUGCCAUCUGACUGUGGUGAGAAAGUUAAUCUUUGCAUCUCAGUGCUUCUUUCUUUGACUGUAUUUUUACUGGUGAUCACAGAAACAAUCCCAUCCACCUCUUUAGUAAUUCCCCUAGUUGGUGAAUAUUUACUCUUCACAAUGAUAUUUGUGACUCUGUCAAUUGUCAUCACAGUAUUUGUCCUCAAUAUACAUUACAGGACUCCAAUGACACACACAAUGCCCAAAUGGGUAAAAACUGUCUUUCUUCACCUGCUCCCCAAAGUCCUGUUGAUGCAGAGGCCACUAGAACAGCAGAAAAAAAACACCUCCAGAAAAACCAAGAAAGUAUCAGACAGUAAGUUGGGCAAGUCAAAGCACAGCAAACACAAAGACACCAAAUUGCACAAGGAGCAGCGGUGCAGUCGCUGUGAUCAGGCAACUGAACUCCGUACCACCGAAAGACAGCUGAGCCAUCAGUCUCUGAGAUGGAUGACAGAGCACAUGGAGUACUCUCCAGAGGUGAAGGAUGUCAUCAGCAACGUCCAGUUCAUCGCAGAGAACAUGAGAUCUCAAAAUGAAACCAAAGAGGUGGAAGAUGAUUGGAAAUAUGUAGCUAUGGUGAUAGACAGAGUAUUUCUCUGGGUAUUUAUAAUCCUGUGUGUGUUUGGGACUGUAGGGCUCUUUAUCCAGCCACUAAUAGCAGAAACAUAAUUCAAUCCAUUGCUUUU